AUGGUGAAGCCCCCGUCGUCCGUGGCGGCGGCGGCGACCGCCGGAGGCCGCGGCCCGGUUCACAACCGGACUCGGCUCCUCCUCGUCCUCCUCGUGGCCGUCGUCGCGUCCGCAUCCACAGCGGGGUUCCUCCUCCGUGGUGCCCUGCGAGACCCCUCCGCCGCGGGGAGUCUCCUCGGGUUCAUGAGGUCCAAACUCGUGCUCCUCGUCUCCCACGAGCUCUCCCUCUCGGGUGGCCCACUUUUACUGAUGGAAUUGGCAUUUCUUCUGAGACAUGUUGGCUCGCAAGUGGUGUGGAUAACAAACCAGAGAUCAGAAGAAACAAAUGAUGUCACAUAUAGCUUGGAGCAUAGGAUGUUGAACCAUGGAGUGCAGCGUGGGAUUCACAUGUGCCAAUGUGGAUUUUGCAUAACCAAGGACCAUGGCACACCAACAAAAGAUGUUGUUACCCUCAUUCAAAGCCUUGAUCAGGGCAUUGUACUAAAUGAUCUUGUGAAUAGAAAUUGA